CAAUAAUCAUGUGCAGCAAAUGGCUUGUGAACUAUAUCGUGGUUUUUAUAACUAUACAUUUAGUAAUAUCAUCAGAAGUAGAACUUAAAGAUGGAGACACUAAUGACGAGGACAUGGCAACAGAAUUAACUCCCAGUGAACAGAUACAAGAGUCAACGUUCCAACUUCCAGAUGAAGCCUGGAUAAUUACAGCUCUACACGACAUUGCUUAUUACCUUCGGAGUUAUAAAUUCAACGAAUGGGACAGAAGAUACAACACAAAGAAACCAGAUGAUAACCAAAUGGGAUAUAUCAGAUCAUUUCCUACACCGCCACUAAGAUCUAUACACUGGAAGGUAUUUGAAAACUGUGACACAAACUUUUAUAAAUGUAUAACAUAUUUGCAUAAAGUAAUUGAAAAGGAUCCAAUAAGUAGACAUGAUGAUCCAGUUACAGUAUUUAAUGAGAAACAGAUUACUAUGACGAACGAGUCAUUAUCAAAUUUAAAUACUGAAUGUAAAAAAGCUAGAACUAAUUCAGAAAACAGCGGACUACCUUUUGAUAGUCCCAUUGAAAAGUUUCAAUGGCGAACAUCUGCAGCAUAUUACAUGUGCUGGUAUACAUUUUUAGAAACUCCAGCAUUAUCAAUGCUUGGAGAAGCAUGUGAUAAUUUUGCAAAUUGCUAUGAUGAAAAAUACGGUUUUAAUAAUAAAGAUCCACGGGCGGAUGAUAAAAUGCCAUUUGCAUGUGCUUCAUAUAGUUUUUGUCCUGAUAUUUGCUGUCCAAAUAAAUACAUAGAUUCAUACGAUAAGUGCUAUGACAAUGUGGAGAACCCAUGUUUCGCCGAAAAUUCUUACAGUAAUAGUGAUCCUUCAAAUAAAGUUUGUCAGCUAUACAGAAAUCAAAACCAAAAUUUCAUGGACAUGAUUUCAAACAAAUGGAAUGUUACAUGUAAUUGCAAAGAUAAAGGGUUUGUUUUUAAAUCUCAAUUUGGUAUGUGUGUUGAUUUAAACGAAUGUGUUACUGGAGAAAAUAACUGCGAUCAAACCACAGAAACUUGUCUCAAUCUGCCAGGAACGUACAAAUGCAUUUGUAAAUGGGGGUAUGAAUAUCAUAAAGAGACUAACCAAUGCGUUCAAAACAAUAUUUUUAAAAAACCUACUCUUAUAGAACAAGAAAGUAAAGUUAACUUAUUAUUGUAUUAUAUUCAAUGUGUGUUUACGUUUAUAUUAUCUUCAUAAAAUUACCUUAUAAACAUG